AUGGGUCAUCGCCAUCGUUCACUCCUGAAACAACAGAACAAGGCAUUUAAGGGGUCGGCUUCCAAGCCUAAGAACCUCAAAGAAAAGCGAAGGGCUGCGGCGGCAAAUGCUGCAGCUCUUUCCAUUAACAGGCCCAUUACGAAGUCUGACCGUGUGCAACGGUCCAAGCAGCGCCGCCUUCAGCUCCGUCGGGACCAUCAUCAGCAACAAGCAUCGAGCCCCUCUGGCCCACCCCCUAAGGUAGUUGUCCUUCUCCCGUUUUCAGAUUGUGUAUGUAUUGACAGGGUCUUUGAUGCGCUAAGGCGGGAACUUGUAAACGAGUAUGGGGCAGCAGCUAAUGACGACGUGUCGGGUGGAGGUAUGGACGAAGACGAGACCACCGCGACAACGAAUGGUGCGAUGGAACGGGCCUUUCGAAGCCAUCCACAUCACUGCCCCUAUCUAUUCACAUUGCCUGCAUAUGCACGGAACCCAGAAAUACCGAAAAGACACCCACAACAGGUGUUGCUGGUGCCUGCGCCACGCAUAGAUGGAGGAGAGGCUGGUGACGUAAUGCAACAGGAAGGGGGGCAACCCGAACGGCCGAGCGAGCUCUUGCGGUAUAUGGACCUGUGCAGCUGCUGCGACGUGCUGCUAUGUGUCUUCGGGGGUAAUUGCACUUAUGAAAACAGCGCCUUUAGUAGCCGGGGAUACAAAGUAUUGCAGGCCCUCAAGUUGCAGGGCCUCCCACCUUCAGUGAUCGGCAUCGGCUGUGUAGAUCCUUCCUUGUUAGAUCCGGCAGGUGCACAACAGGGAAAGCAUACGGCGAAUGAGAGUCUGAAGUUCAUGCGCCGCUUCUUUGAAUCUGAGCUUGGCUCCGAAAGGCUGCCUGUGCACAUUACCGGCGUGGGCGAUUUCGUGCUUGCCAGGAUUGACCCGAUGGUUCCAGUGCCAAAAAGGCGGGAAUUCGCUGCAGUAGGUAGUCACGCAACAACUGAUAUCGAAGUCCUCGAGGCAGACCUGCAAGAAGUAGUCCAAGCAUCCCACCCUUUGCAGCCCUUGGACAUUGCUGCCUUGGAGCAAACCUGGCCCACAGAAGACGAAAUGGCCGGUGAUGAUGGAACGGCUUCAGCUGCACCCAGGAGAUGUGUUCGCGUCCCGAAGGAUGUAGGGGACUACGAGCGAGCCUGGCUGGAGUCAGAUACAGACGGCACCGAUGACGAUCGCGAGGAGGAGGUAAAUAUGAACAGCGACGCCGAUAUGCAACCUGAGGAGGCUACUUAUGCGGACACUGAGCCGGCAUCGACCGCACCUGAUGAAGCAGAUGAUGAUUGGAAGCCCCUGAACGGUGCAGAACAACAGCAGAUGAAAACAGAUAAGUAUGUACUAGCACGUGUUGGUUGGCAUGAGGCGUAUGCCGCCCAACGGCGGGAAGCGGCAGAGAUGGAGAAGGAGUUUCCAGACCAGGUAGACACUCCGUUGGACAUUCCUGCGAAAGAGCGUUUCCAAAAGUAUCGCGGCCUGAAGAGCUUUCGAUCGUCUCCUUGGGCCCAGAAUGAGGACCUACCUAUCGGUUACGGCCGCAUUAUCGACGGCCUGGCUACAUUUGCACACCGUGCUCAUGCAGAAAUGUGCAAACCUACGGGCGGAUUCUCAGGAAGGUUUUGCCGCCUGUUGAUACCUCUGCGGCAUUCAUACAUGUUGCAGCAGCUGGUGAAGCAGCAUUCCUCUCUGAGUGGCAGGGAACUUGAGGAAGCUUUGGCUGAGGCGAUGGCUCAACGAGUGGCUAGUCGCUUUACUGUUGAAGCUCAGAUUCUAGCGUCUGCUCCUAAAGCCAGCGCAGAUAACGACCUGAUGGUUCCCGACUUUCUUCUAGUUUCGCAACUACUACAGCACGAGAGCCAGGUGGCGGUUGUCCACUCCCAAGUAACGUUUUGUGAUGAUUCACCAAUAAAGGGCAAGGAUCCACUGUUGAUGGCAUGCGGAUUCCGGAGAUUCCCAGCCGCCCCAAUUUACUCAGAAGAACCGAGGCAUGGUAUGCAUAGCGCAGCGAAGUGGAAACUUAAGCGCUGGGCAGAACCAGCAUUGGACAAAGUGCGCGUUACAGCGUGGGGCUCCAUUCUUCCAGUGAAUAAAGCGAGCAGCCGUUUAAUUAUUAAGCGUGUACUCCUCAGUGGUCAUCCGUUUAAGGUUCACAGGCGCAAGGCAGUUGUGAGGUUCAUGUUUUUCAAUCCCGACGACGUGCGGUGGUUUGCUCCAAUUGAAUUGCACACGAAGAGGGGGCUCCGCGGAAACAUUGUGGAGCCGUUGGGUACUCACGGGUACAUGAAGUGCAAGUUCAGCGACUACCUUAAGCAAAACGACGAGGUAAACCCCUCUCUGGUGACCAAAGCAAACGCAGCCACCAAAUUGUUCGUGGAGUGA